CACUCUCUGCUGCAGAAGUUCGCAGCUUAAACCAAGGAGUGGAAAGUUCUGCAGUGAGUGCUCAAGAGUACUUGUGAAGCCAGCUCAUUUAAUUAAAAUUCUUCUGGACUCUGCCUUGGUAUCAUUUCUAUGCAAGACUUCGCCAUGGGGAAUGGCUGUUAUAACAUGAUGGCUGCUGUGCUGUUGCUGAUGAAUUUCGAGAAGACAAGGGCAGUGCUGGACUACUGCAGCAAAUGUAAACCUGGUACUUUCUGUAUGGAAACCAACCAGACUUGCGGGUACUGUCCUGAAGAUAGUUUCUCCAGCACCGCGGGACAGAGGUCCUGUAAACCAUGCAGGUCGUGUGUAGGGGUUUUCAAGGUCAAGAAGGCUUGCUCUGCAACCAGCGACACAGAGUGCGAGUGCACCGAGGGGUACCGCUGCCUGGGGGCUGAGUGCAACAUGUGUGCGCCCAGCUGCCAGCCAGGUGGAGGAGCAGCCGGAGCUGGAGCCUGUGCCCAGGGCACCCAGCUGAAGCCCAGCCAAGACUGCGGUUUCGGGACAUUCAGGGAUUCGAGACAUGGCACCUGCAGGCCCUGGACAGACUGUUCUUUGGCUGGAAAGUCUGUGCUCGUGAACGGGACCAAGGACAGGGAUGUGAUAUGUGGCCCACCCUUGGCCGGCCUCUCUCCAGGUCACAUCCCCCGGAUCGUGAUCGUCUUUCUUGCACUGACGUCAACCAUGGUGCUGGUCCUGCUGGUCCUCUUUGCACUCCGCUUCUCUGCUGUUAAGCACAGCAGAAAGAAAAUCCUGAAUAUGGUCAAGCAACCAUUUAUGAAACCAGUACAAGUUGCCCAAGAGGAAGAUGGCUGCAGUUGCCGAUGUCCCGAGGAAGAAGAAUAUGAAAUAUGAAGUGGAAAUCCCAAGAUCUACUGGGACUGCCUCCAGGAAGAAUUAACAGAGAAAUCCAAGUGACUCCACUUUCAUCCUUCUAAACUGAAAACGCCAGCCUGGAUAAGACCCAGUAUCAUCCUGAAAAGAUUUGCUUUCUAAAUGCUAUCGAAUUGGCUUUGAAAAAUGCACCACUUUGAACAGAACGGGGACAAAGCUGAUGGUCAGGGGGCAUUUUCUAGAUAUGAUUGAACAGGUUUGGGUUAUUUAUAUUAAUUUUUUGAAAUCCAAAGAGAAUUAUAUUUUAAAUUUAACCACAUAGGCCAAUGGUGCAGCUAAAAUGGUAGUCAAAAUCAGUCCCCCUUUUUUGGUGCUAACAUGACAAGCUGUAAAAGGCAAGGUACAUCCCCCCCCCCCACCAAAUCCCCACUGAUUCAGUCACUCGGCUCCACUGGCAGUGGAAGAUGAUGGUGCCUGAGGUCAGGGACAAGGGCAAGAAACGGCAGGCCUUGAGGAAGCAUUGUGGAGAGAGGUCAGAUGUCUUUGCUGUCCUGUGGUCCGCCCCAUCCUCAUGUCUUCUGCUUCUGCCUUGCUCUCUCUGAGCCAGAGCUUACUUUUUAAAAAAACUCUUAAAAACAUAAAAAAAAAAAAAAAAAGUUUGCUACACACCAAUGCAUGAAUGAAAUGUACAUGUAAAGUAUAAAACACAGUCAGAGGAUGGCCACCUGGGUCGCAGCCCAACCGGAGCACUCAAGCGUUCCCAGACACCCCAGGCCCCCUGCAAAGCUGCAGACGCUGAGCGCCUCCAUCUAGCUUCUGAGCUAAGAAGGGCGUGUAUGUGUUUAAACUGCUGAAAUUGAGUCAAAAUUAAGAAUACUAUCUCAUGACAUGCAAAAGCACUUGAAAAUCAAGGUUCUGAGCGGAGUCCACUAACUAAGUUCUGUUGGGCCACACAGCCCGCAUAGGCGGCCUUCGCCGCUGAGCUGCGUAGAUGUGACAGAGACUGGGUCGGAGAAGCAGAAAUCAAUUACUACUCCACCCUUUAGAGGGCCAAAGUGAAGGCCGGCGCGUCCAUCUGCGGGCCCCUUCCCUGCCUUGUCUUCUGCUUUCCUCCCCACCCAACCCAGGCUACCCCACUUGGGAAUAGUGAAUUUGUCCUUCAUUGCUUGGGAAGAAAAAACAUUUAACUACUGAUUAUAUAACCUAAGACUGUGUUUAGUUUAGUUUGUUUUCCAGAUUUAUAAAAAUGGUGUCGUACUAUGGGAGGACGCCUGUGACUCGCUUUCACCACUAAAAUUAUAUUUAUGAGACUUACUUUUAUCCCUGUAUGUAGCUGGAAUGCAUUCAUGGGAACACUGUCGAAUUUUGUAGCUGUAGCAUAAUUUAUCCAUUUUGUAUCAAAGGAGAUUUGGGUUGUUUCCAGGUUUUUUUUUUUUUUUUUUUUUUAAU